AACUGAAAAACUAGUUCGGUAAGCCUAUCUUAACAGAUGGUAGCAAUAAAGAGCAAUGUUGUAUUGUAAUGCGAAAUAGUAAGACGUUAACAGUAUUCAUGAAUUUGCUCACAUAAUUCUAUACAGUGUCCAGAUAUUUAUAUUUUAACAUAUUAAAAACGCAUUUUCAUCGCGUUUUGGUGCAUUAAAUGGAGGAGAAGAAGGAAGACGGAGACUCGGAGAUACAGGAACACGGACCCGAGCACUGGUUCUCAAAAUGGGAGCGGCAGUGUUUGGCCGAAGCGGAGCAAAGGGAGCCGAGCGAGGAGGAGGCCGACAACGACCAGGAUAAACUGUGGCAUCUCUUCCAGAACUCCGCCACUGCUGUGGCACAGUUAUACAAAGACAGAGUAUGCCAUCAGCAGGGCCUGUCAUUGUGGGUGCCAUUUCAGAACUCUGCUACAGCAGUAACCAACCUCUACAAAGAGAGUGUGGAGGCCCAUCAGAGAAGCUUCGAUCGGGGCAUCCAGAUAGGCCACCAACGCCGUAAUAAGGACAUGUUGGCCUGGGUGAAAAAGCGUCGGAGAACCAUCCGUAGGGAGGAUCUUAUCAGCUUUCUGUGCGGGAAAGCACCACCACACAGGAGUGGCAGGGCCAACCCCCGGCUGGCCAUGGUGGCCCCCAGCCGGGCUAACUCACCAGCUGAGACUGGCUCAUCUGUGGAAGCAGACCUUCAGCCUUUCAGGGAGGCCAUAGCACUGCAUGGCCUGAGUGGAGCCAUGGCGAGUAUCAGUGUGCGCUCCGGUGCUCCAGGGUCCCCAACGCACGUGAGCGGGAGCAGCAGCAACGGAGGUGGCAAUGGCGGAGGUGGCUCUUCGGGCUCGGGACCGGUGUGCCGCAGCAGGCGCAAUGGGCUGCAGGACGUCGACCUGAACACUUUCAUCUCAGAGGAGAUGGCGCUGCAUCUGGACUCUACAGGCUCUGCCUCUGCUGGAGGGGGAGGAACCAGGAAACGAAACUCCACCCAGUGUAGUGACGUCAUCACAGACUCCCCUACGCACAAACGCAACAGGAUGAUCUGAUCUGCUGCCUGCCUAUGUGUGUGAGGGGGUGGGGGGGAAGCCUUCAAAGCAGAGGCUAGGCUAGGCGAGGGGGAUGGAUGGGCUUAUGUGGGACAGAUGCGCAGAUGGACAGAGAGAAGUUCGGAGGCCUGGCUGUGCAAAAGAACCCAGGCUGAAAAUAAAAACGGGGACCGAAGGUCUGUUUGGUCUAUUCAGAUGUUGAAUGAAUUGUAUUCAUUGUCUCCUUUCCCUACGCUGUUACUACAAAUCACUGAUCUGCAGUCAGAACACCUAAGUGUGUGCGGAGGAAACUGGGAGGUCUGGAAGACAUCACACACUCCUCAGACAACGCUGCCCCGGAAAGGAGACAACGAAGGAAGUCACCAACUCAUUCUGGGAUGUGGACAGUCCUCAAAGGGGCGUGGAAAUGCACCAUGCUGCUCGACAAGUAAAAGCCACUUGAUCCUUGACACAUCUGUGCCCUUCCUCCCUUAACCUCAUUCAUCCUCACCCACCACCUUAAUAAGGAAGUGAGGGCCAUGAUCAAAUCGUCUCACUCAGUGAAUCAAGUUGCUCGCCAAAUCAAAUGUUGGACCCGACGCUGUCAGAUUCACCUCUGUGUCAGACAACCCACCUGUUCUUUCUGUCGCUUCAUCAUUGCAGCUCUCAGUCAGUGGUGGAGCUAAAUCGCCCUGUAGGAGUACAUCAUUGGUAUCAUUCUGCCUCAUCUUGUAACCAGUUACAUUUCUCUGGCUGCUUGGUUGACGGCAUGUAACUACCAAUAGCAGGCUAUUGAUGUUUGGACAUUUAGACCUUCUCUGCUAACUCUGCUUCAACAGCGGCUUGAUUUAGUUCAGCCAGUCGUCCCUUUUUAGUUUCUAAUCCUUCAACCACCAGUGUUAAAAUUAUAGGUUUGUUGCCACUGUUUUUGCAGCAGUGAUAGCCAAGUUAAUUUUGUGUUCUUUCUCUACCUUGUUUUUCUUUUUGUUGUUGAUGAGGAUAAUGGACAGGAAAACCUUUUUUUGUGUGCAUAUAGCUUCUCGGACAGCGCCUUUGCUGCCUGUGACACCCUCUCCCCCUUUACCCUAGUCUUAUUACGAAAGCAGCUGCUGUUUUUAUGUGAUCUUGUGAUUAUUCUGAUGAGUUGCAAUAAGGAUUUUUGCACUUAGCUUUCACCUCUAACUCAUGCAAACAAAUCGGCUCUUCCAUAGUAUCCCAGUUGUAGCCAUGUCCAGCCCUAAACAGGCCCACUUGUGGUCAUUCCACACAGCACAGUUGGUGCUUUUAAAAAAGGAAGAAAAAAAAAAAUAAAAGAUGUAAACACGUGGCAUGUCUAGAGAUGGAGCUGUCGCGUACACCUCGGGUUCCAACAACUCUUCAAAAGUAUUUUGAUCAAGUUGUGGAGCGUGUCAGCGUGUGGGCCCUCCUUAUAUUCAGAGACUCGGAGCCCUUCCCUGUCUGACAAAUGAUUAAACUUAUCUAAAGAUAAUCAGCGAUGUCAAGAAAGCAUAAAUCACAGCAAUGUUCUUACAAAGGUAGCGUUUCUCAACAGACCCACCAAACAUGCCAGCCAGCGCCCACUAGGCACUGGAUAAUUUGGUUAAAGUGUCGGAUUGGAUGUUGGGACACUGUCUGCUUUUUGUAUAAGGGGUGUGUGCAUUAAUAAGACGUGGAUGAGAUUGAUUUUACUUGGUACAGGGGCUUGUUUCAUUCUUGAAAUGGUUGUUGCCUUCCAGCCUUGUGUAAGGGAGUAGAGUAGGAGACACUGACAUCGCAUGAGUCUGAAAUGUGGGUAUAUUUAGCAAAUUGUAAAGUAAUGUGAACUGGUACUGUACUGAUUUUUGGCUUAUUUUAGGGUCUUGGAGUGAAAUCUAAGCUUGUUUGUGGGCGUUAUGAACUCAAUUGUUGGAAUAUGCUUUCAUUUAGCAUAGGAAGCUAACAAAGCGUAAAACAUGUCUAGUUAUUAAACCAAUUAGAAGUAUUUCCAGUGAUGCCCUGCCGUGAUGCAGCAAGUUGUCCUUGAGUUGGCGGGGCAUAAAGCCCUCAACUUAACUUGUAAUACCCGCUGUAGCUGACUUGUGAGAUGUCAAUGUUUUCUUCUCGUUUUCCUCAUUUGUGUUGACUUGUUCACUCCCCUUCUCCUUUUUACUACCUGAAAAGUGGGGUUUCUUCUGUUGUAUAAAGCAUGCCAGUUUUUAACUUCUGUUACAUUUUGGUCACAGAUUUCAUUUUUGCAUUAUAGGUUGGCUUUUAUAUUCUUACAUGAUUACUGGCUUGUUGGUCAAAGAAAAGAACCAGGCUGAGAUUUGUUGAUUCUGUUGAAAUGAACCAAGAGUUUCUUUCAUAAAAGUGAAACCACUGAAUUAGACAGAUGAAAAAGUAAACCUCAUACACCUAUCACAGGUCUGAUGAAUAAUGUAACAUAGGAAGGAUCCAUGUUUUUCAAAUAGGAGCUUUGCCCUAAAAGUUGCAGUUAGAAUCCGUCACAGUUUUUCGACUCUGAGCAGUGGCAGAAUUUGGUGUUCUGGUCCGACAGAGAUUGAGUGAAUCCUGAGUACUGACCUGACGGCCUGUCCCACACACACUCAAAUCAGAGGAAUGCAUUUAGAUUUUCUUCCUCCUGACACUUAACUCACUGUUUUGUGUCUAACACUCAACAUUGUUAGCAUUCAUGGCUGAAACAAAAUGGUGCGUUUAGUUGCAAAUUAGUAGUUAUAACCUCCCCGUCUUUCUGUUGCAUGACAACAUGUCAGUUAAAGCCCCCCCAAAAGGCUCAGCUAAAGAGUUGGUUACGAGCAGGAUUGUUCUGUCUUUCCAAUCCCUCUGUUCAACCUGCAGCGUUGAUUCCAAUUGAUUCGCCUGGUUAUAAUAGAGGGGGCACUUUGUGUUUUCUUUUCUUCCCCUGAUUCUGUCACUGGCCUUCAUCCACAUUGUUUCAAAAGGCUGACUCAUGCCACGUGUCUCCAGAGCCAACACUAUUAUCAGCUGUUUCUUGAUACUUAUUUGUUUCAAAAGUAAUAAAUGGCUAAUCUAUAUACUUAACAUUUAAUUGUUGGUAUGAUAUAUGUGGUUCACAUUGUAAAAGAAAUAAAACCAUGAGUUGCAAUUGGAUGGACAAUGUUUCAUUAAAAAACAAAACCGACA